CUCAGAUACCUCCCGAGGCUUUCCCGGAAACAGUGGCGGAACCGAAGAAUAAAAGUCUGUGAAUCACUGUCACGGCGUGAUUCGUUGCCGCCGCUGCACCCCGAGCUGCAUCCCGAGCUGCAUCCCGAUGAGCCGCCGCGUCCUCUCCGCUCUCGCCCUGCCUGUGGGGGUGUCCGUGGCCGCGGCAGCCGCAGGUUUCCAGCUCCUCUGCCAGGGAAGUGAGCACCCUGGGGAGAAAAAGGCCAGCGAGAAAGAGGAAAAGGCAGACAAAAGCAGGUGGUAUCCGAGCUACAUGGGGAAAGGUGAAAGGGAUAUCAAGCCAUGCAACCUGACUGGCUUGUGGAAGAACGAUCUGGGCUCCAAGAUGCAAGUGUUCAAGGUAGACAAUGAUGGAACCUUCUUUGGCGAGUACUACACCGCCGUGUCAAGCACCAAGAAACCCAUCCAGCCAUCCCCACUGAUUGGCUCCCAGCACCUGGAUGAGAAUGGACAGUGCACCUUCGGCUUCACUGUCAACUGGAAGAAGUUCUCAGACUCCACAGCUGUCUUUGUGGGCCAGUGCUUCAAUGGGGCUGAUGGGAAGGAGGUCCUGCACACCUCCUGGCUGCUGCGGGAGAAAGUUGACUUGGAGCCAGAUGACUGGAAAGCCACCAGGACCGGCCGCAACACCUUCACUCGAAUGGGCUGAAAGCGGGGAGAAGCAUCUUCUUCUGGCUGUGCUUGGGAUACAGGAGUCCCCCAAGCAGGAUCCGUGUGUGCCAGCAUGCCUUGAUGUUUCCAGCUCUGGGGGAAGAUGUGUCAAAAAAUGCCAAAUAAAAUUAAAGAUAUU